AUGUUGAAAACAGUAACAAAAUAUUCGCGGGAUGUGAGCAGGCGCUGGAGGCGGCGGUACUCGUGGUGCCCGGAGGCGCCGGUGGACCCGAGCCUCAAGGUGUCCAUCCUGCCCAACGGCGUGCGCAUCGCUACGGAGCGGCGGCGCGACGCCCCGCUGGCGUGCGUGUGCCUCACCGUGGCGGCCGGCCCGCGCUACGAAACCCCCUGCACCAACGGCCUCACGCACUUCAUCGAACACAUGGCCUUCAAGGGCUUCCAAUCCGAGGACAAAGCCGCGCUAGAGGAUGCACUCAUCUCCAUGGGUGCCAAGAUGACAGUUCGCACUACCAGAGAAUUACAAGUAUUCUCCGUGAUUAUACCCUCUGUAAUUGCGACCCGUGCGAUCGACAAACUGCACAAAGUCGUCACCGAACUCGAUCUCAAGGACUAUGAAAUGAACCAGGAGCGCUGCAACAUUGACAUGGAGCUGGAGGACGCAGACGCUGAUCCUAAACAGGUGGUGUUCGAUUACCUGCACGCGACAGCUUUCCAAGGCACCCCACUAGGGCAGCGCGUCAUCGGCACUUCUGAGAACCUGGAGCGGUUUGACGCCGACAUGGUCAGCAGCUUCAUGUGCGAACAGUACCAGCCAUACAAGUUAGUGUUGUCGACGUCAGGCGACGUCAGCCACGACGCAGUCAUGUCGUUUGCUGAACCGCGGUUUGGCGGCAUACCGCCGCAGCCGUGCAUCGAACCGGAGAACAGUAUCAACCGGUACACUGGCUCUCAAGUAAUAUACCGCGAUGAUUCUAUGCCUUUUUGUCAUGUAGCUAUAGCGUUUGAAGCGCCGGGGUAUAGCAGCUCUAAAUACUACUUCAUGCUGCUUAUGAAGUACAUAAUCGGUUCUUGGGAUCGGAGUCAAGGAGGUGGAGUGAACAACGCUCCCCUGGUGGCGCGCGCGGCCGCCAUGUACAAGACGUGUGAGCGGUACCACGCGUUCUACACAGCGUACCGCGACGUGGGGCUGUUCGGCGUGUACUUCGUCAGCGACAAGUGGCUGGUAGAUGAGGCGCUGGCCUCCAUUCAGGAGCAGUUUAUGCAUUUGUGUACAAUGGCGCACCAGGGGGAUCUCGACAGAGGAAUAAACCACGUUCGCUUGAAGUUGGCGCGCAAACUGGACAGCGUGGUGAAGUCUUCACACGACAUCGGCAAACAGUUGAUGUACACCAAUAGGAGGAAGUUGCUGCACGAUAUAGACGACAGUUUAUGUAUGUUCAGGGUACAGAACCUUAAGGAUUUGGCGAUGGAAGUGUUUUACGACAAGUGCCCGGUGGUGGCCGCGGUCGGACCCUCGGAGACGUUGCCUGAAUAUAACAGAAUUAGGAGUGGACAGUGGUGGUUUAGAGUAUAGUUUUGAAAUAAAAUGUAUCCUUUCAUCUCGUGCUUU